GCGUGAACAGAGAGGGCGGCCCGUGGUGUUGACUGCACCCGGAGGCUCAGAGGAGGUUUGUCGCUCGCUGGACGGCUGUGUCGGCUCCAACAGUUUGCUAUCACCCGUGUAUUCUACAAGAAUAAGAUGCAUUAGGAUUACUAAUGGGCCAAUGAUCAGCAAGGCUACUUGUUCCUGAGUGAAAAAGAUGCAUGCUCCCAGUUUGGAUCCUCCCCCCCCUGACUGCAAAUGACCCGAUUCCAACCUCCAUCAGAAAGUCUCAUCUCCACUUCCACUGUUGUCUUCUGUACCCUGUUAUUCUCUGUUCUUCUUUGUUGUCAUCAUCUUUUUUCCCUGACCAUUUACAUUCCUGACAUAUACAGAGGGAGGCUUAAGCAGACUGUUUAAUUGGACAACUCAUCCCUGCUGUUUCUGUGGUGUCAGCAAGGCCAUAUGCAUCAGAAGGACAAUUGUCAAAGGGUGCCAAAGGGAUUUGGCCCUGGUUCAGAUUCUGAAGCUAAAGUAAUGGCGGGGGGUUCACAACAAAUGGGGUUAGAGAGUGCUUCAACUCACUCAGAACAUGAUUCUUUCAUUAAGUCGAGCCAAAACACCAAAGAAAGUAUGGGGUUUCUUGGCCAGGGCUUGAAACAGCUGUUCCAGCUACAGCGUAAACGCCUCUCCUUCUCUCGUUCCACCAUCCACUCAUCAUCUUCCUCAUCGUCAUCCUCUGUGGUGUCCACAGGUGGCACUUCCCCCUCUGCCCCAAGGGUCAACUUUGAGUCUAGCUGCUGUGAUUCUGACCACCUCUCUGCUCCUGUGGUUCAUUCCACAGCUGGCCGGGGCUCAGCCGCUGCAGGCAUGAUAAGGCGUGGGACAAGCCUGCAAAGCCGGCGCAGUAAAGGAUCCGGGUCUGCGAGUGGGGACCGGGAUCCUCUUCUGAGAGGCAGCCCCCAAGCGCCACAGCGCCGCUACACUCACGAUCCGCAGCAGCAUACCAGCCGCCGACGGUCCUCCUCCACCACAGAGACCACUCCCUGCAGCCCUGUCCCUGGAUACAGCUCUGGAGAUGUGGGGCUGUCAUCAGGGUACCAGUCUACAGAGGAGACAGACAGGAUCGACCGGCUGGAGGUGACUGGACUUGGCCAAACACCUCUGAAUGUCUCUUGUGGGACAGACGGCUCGUUUUCCACAGCUGAGGAUGGCACCCCAGACCCUCAGCGCACCAAGCAGGUCAUUGCCCAGCUGCAGCAGAAGAUCCUCAAGCUCACGGAGCAGAUCAAAAUCGAGCAGACAGCUCGGGAUGACAACGUUGCUGAGUAUCUCAAACUGGCCAACAAUGCUGAUAAGCUGCAAAGCACACGGAUUAAACAGGUAUUUGAGAAAAAGAACCAGAAGUCGGCACAGACCAUCCAGCAACUGCAAAGGAAACUGGAGCACUACCAUCGGAAGCUGCGUGAAGUGGAGCACAACGGCAUCCCGCGACAUUCCAAGGAUGUUCUGCGGGACAUGCAGCAGGGCCUGAAAGACGUCGGGGCAAAGGUUACUGGCUUCAGUGAAGGGGUGGUGGACAGCGUCAAAGGAGGCCUCUCCAGCUUCUCACAGGCUACCCACACAGCUGCCGGAGCUGUCGUCUCUAAGCCUUGGGUGAUCGCUUCUCGUAUUCGCAACAAAUUUGGCAGCGCCGACAACAUCCCUUCCCUCAAGGACUCGUUGGAUGACCCAUCAAUAGAGGAAGGUGUGACAGGGGCUGGAGGACGAUCUCUGGGCAGCACUGCCCACCACCUCCUGUCCAGCCCAAAGUAUGGGAGCGAAGACGACUGCUCCAGUGCUACAUCUGGUUCAGCCGGGGCCAACAGCACCACAGGGGCCCCCGGAGGUCCACCAAGUUCCAAGGGCAACACUUUGGAAAGGAGCCAGAGCUCCAGUUUGGACAUGCUGCUGCAAGAGCUGCAGGAGUUAAGGGAGGGCCAGGCGAGGCUAGAGGAAAGCUUGGACGGUUUGAAGACCCACUAUCAGAGAGAUUACACAGUUGCUAUGCAAGCAUUGCAGGAAGAGCGCUUCAGGUGUGAACGUUUGGAGGAGCAGCUCAACGACCUGACAGAACUUCACCAGAACGAGAUCCUCAACCUCAAACAGGAGCUGGCCAGCAUGGAGGAGAAGAUUGCCUACCAGUCCUAUGAGAGAGCCAGAGACAUCCAGGAAGCAUUGGAAGCAUGUCAGACCAGGAUUUCUAAGAUGGAGCUUCAACAGCAGCAGCAGCAGGUCGUCCAGUUGGAGGGGCUGGAAAAUGCCACAGCACGAACUCUCCUGGGAAAACUUAUCAAUGUGCUGCUGGCCCUAAUGGCUGUCCUUCUGGUGUUUGUCUCAACGGUGGCCAACUGUGUGGUCCCCCUCAUGAAGACGCGCUCACGCUCCCUGUCCACCCUUCUUCUCGUUCUCCUGCUGGCUUUCCUGUGGAGAAACUGGGACGCUCUAUCUGGGUACACGCACCGUGCUCUGCAGCCCCCAGGGUGACCAGAUUGAAACCAGCGUGUUGUUGACUGUUGUCCCACAGGAGGCUUGAAGAAUGUGACUGCUCUGAGAUGACGCUGUGCACGCUGAGCACAUUUUGACAAAAGCCGAGGAUCAAGAGAAAAAAAAAGCCGAAGAAAUGGAGUCAACUGUCACAUUUAGAAAAGAAAAAGAAACUGUUUACAUUUUGAAAUGAACUGAUGUGUUGUUUUUCUCUCACAGGAUGCAGCACUGUACUGUUUUUAUCUUUUAGAGUUUUAUCAAUUAUAAGUUUAUUUCUAAUAAUGUUAUUUUUAAAGUAAUUUUAUUCAGUACCAUGUAGCAUUAUGCUCUUCUCAUUCUAUGAAGGGGACUUUCAGUCAGGUAAACGGCUGAUGGAUCAUCCUGAAGCUCCAGCUUGAUUGCUGAGGCUUGGGUUGAUUGCCUUUAGGAAGAGAAUUUCUCUGAUUGGUGGAUAUGAGCCAGUGUUGAAAACCUUUCAAAGGUUGCUCCUUUCUUGCUGUGAUGAAUUUACAGAACCUGUUGAAGGACUGACCAUGACUUUAGUGUGUCGAAAUGAUUGUAGAGACACUGGGCUUCCUUAGCAUUUCUAUUAGCAAAGAUCUCCCGUUUUAAUUAUUUUGUUUUUAUAAAACAUAAAGAAAAGUUGAUUGGGACAAUUAUGAAUGUUACAUGAAGACUAAACGGGGCAAAGCUAUGACAUUCUGCUUUUAAAAAAAAGAAAAAAAGUCAUAAACUUGCACAGAAAACAUCUGCUUAUUGUCUAGCAUCUGCCAUACUUGAACAUGUGUACAGAGCUUUGUGUCAUCAUUAAGAAAAUGGCAUACAAUCUUUGUUUUAUUGUUUCAAAAUCUCAUCCAUUUCCUCCCAGUCAUAAUGUUUGAUGCGAUCAGGUUGUAGAUGAGAAAGCACUGGUGUUUAUCCGGCUCUUCCUGUUGGGUCAGGAAGGAUGCCGUCAUCUCCACUGCCAUUCAAGUUCUCACUGCCUCUACAUGAUACUGUACUAACAUAUGUUCCCCUGCAUAACAGUCCUGAAAGCACUGAAAAUGUUUUAAUCACCCAGUGCCAAAUUUUAGUUUCAAACACUGAUGUCUAAUCAAAACCAGGAGGGCAAAAUGAAGAUGCCCCCCAGAGGAUCUAGUUUCUUUCCACAUUCAAAAUGAAUGUGUGUUACAGGGACAGAUGUGUCUUAGUAGUAAAUGAAGCUUUUCCAGUCGCUUUCUUUCCUUGUAAAUCUUAACCCGUCCUUGACUUUAGUUCUUCGGUUGCGUUUCUGCACCCCAACUCACUGAGUCAAGUUUUUUUGGUUGCCUUUUCUUAUGCGCACAACUAGUCCCACUCAAGUCAAGGAGAGUAUUAGAAAACUUGGUACACUGAAUCGCCCUGCGUUAAUUUAAUGCUGAAAGGCUGAACCGUGGAGCCGCACUUUAGCACAGCACCUGAUGGUCUAUAGGUUCAGCUGAAAACCGCUUCUAUACAGACUUCAGAAGUUGUCACUCUUGAGGCAGAAGCCCUCCUCGGAACAGAAGGAGUUUGAAGGUAAAGGCAACACAAAGGGAUUUUAGCAUGUUUUCUUGUUAAACUGAGAGUAAACUUGACUUCCCUCGGGAUUGACCUGUAGUUAAAGUGCUCUUGGAAUUAUUGAUUUAUUGAUAUCUCUGAAGGAAAAGACAGGCGGAGCUGAGGGUAAGCCGACGUCUGACCUUGCAUGUCACCUCAGUGAAGCCUGUGAUGGUCGGUUGUGUGCUAAACCACUUCAGUGCCUUCUGAUGUUCUUUUCUACGUGUGGAAUAAAUAACUUGCAUUAAUGAC